CUCAAGCUUCGCCUUGCUGAGGCUUGCGGGAAGAUCAGCCGCGCCAUGAAAAUGGAAACACGCCAGGCGACCCCUUGGAAAGAAUCGAUCACUACAUUCUAAUCGUAUCUCGGAUCGUACCUUUCGAUCGUACCUUGCGAUCGUACCUUGCGAUCGUACCUUGGGAUCGUACCGUUCUGGCUUGUCAGCGACUCUUGCGGUGACGCGUAGCGUCGAGUCGCCUAGCCGUACCCGCGACUCGCAUCUUCCCGUCUGGUCGCCAUGAUUAUCUUGAAGAAGGCACGCCAUGCCGCGACUCGCAUCUUCCCGUCCGCGCAUCUUCCGUCGUCCGCUCAUCUUCCGCCGUCCGCGUAUCUUCCACGUUCCGCGCAUCUUCCGCCUUCCGAUCACCAUUCCCCUUCUGCGUCUGCCGUUGCCUUCCUCAAAGCUUCUGCUUCCACGUGUCAGAUAGCUGCUCCCUCCACGUGGCAAGCGAUCAGCCACGCGCGACCCGCUGAAGCGCACUUCGUCGACUCCAAUCGCGAGCCCCUAGCCGGCUGCGAUAGACCUUCCAUUAGCGAGAGUCCUAGCGUGUCUUCGACGUAUACUGAGUCUCCGUAUAACGCGUAUUCACUAGCAACAGCAAAUGCUGCUGCAUUCGCCAGAAGCGCGCCGAGCAGACUCGACUCGUCUCAUGGGUCCACCAAUAGUAUUGCUUGUGGAAACAGGAGGAAUUACCAUCACAGGCACCACCUUUACAGUCACUUUUUACACAGUCACCUCUCCCAUGGAUGUCACGAGCCGUCUCAAACCCCUAUAGCGAGUACAGCUCGGAUGCUCCACAUGUCCCACUGUAGACCCGGCAAGACGUCACCUUACAAUAUGACUGUAGAGAAGCACGCAUCUCAUAUAGAGUCACCUCAAGGCUCUAUAACGGGUACAGCUCGUUCUCUCCACAUUCACCACCAUAAGCCCGGAAAAAUGUCGUUUUACGACAUGACUGUAGAAAAGUAUGCUUCUCUGCCGCUCCAUACGCUGACACUUAGGCAGAUGCUGGCGCAGGGGGAGGAGGCACUUAAAGACCCCAAUUUUAUGGUGCGCAACGCACGGUUCGUUCACAAGGAGAUGCCUGUGCGCCUGGCGAAAAGGCUGAUGGAUCUGCAGUUUCUGCCACACAUCGUCGUCAUCAACCCGCACAUCAAGCAGGUGUAUGACUCCUACCGCCAGGCCUUUGACAUGCUCACAGCGUUUCCGGAGAUCAAGACUCUUGAGGAUAACGCGAAAUUCACACAGAUGAUAACCAUGCUCGUGGACGACCACACGCCCCUCUGCUGGGAGUGCUGGCGUGGGGAGUCAGGGAGUGCGCUCUCUGCGGCCGCUUGUGCUGCUGCUCCCACCUUCUCCUCAUUCGGUGCCUCUCUCUCCGUCUCCGACUCCGUGUGUGCACAUCAGCUGGUGGACGACCACACGCCCCUGCUGGGAGUAUUGGCACGGGGAGUCAGGGAGUGCGCUCUGCGGCCGCUUGUGGGGAGAGAGCUCGAUUUAGACCCCUUCUUGGACAACAUGCUGCGAUCGAGAAUCAGCCGCAGAGUGAUCGCAGAGCAUCACAUCUGCUUGCAGCAUCAACGGCCAGGAUUCAUCGGCGUCAUCUGCUCCCAGCUCUCCAUGCGGACAUUGGUCGAGGCAGCAACCAAGCAAUGCACCGAUGUGUCUCGCCGCACGUUUGGCUUCUGCCCGGACUUCGAGAUGCAUGGGGAUGUCGACUCCACUUUCGCCUAUGUGCCCGCACACAUUGAGUAUAUGCUCUUCGAAAUACUCAAGAAUGCAUCUCGGGCAGUUGUGGAGCACCACCUGAAGAAGGCUCAUGAGGAGGGGAAGUCAAUUUCCCAGGCGACCUUUCCUCCUGUUACAAUCACAGUCUGCAGGGGUCAAAAAGAGAGCACAAUAAAGGUGUCGGAUCAGGGAGGGGGCAUUGCGAACGAGCUCAAGGAGAAGGUGUGGAGCUACGGGUUUUCGUCUCUGGAUGAGGAUACAGAGGCAAUUCAGCCUGCAGGUCCCCUUGACUCUCACGGCAGCCCCAUGGCUGGCCUUGGCUUUGGCCUUCCGCUCUCCCGUCUGCAUGCACAGUACUUCGGAGGAGAUAUUGAGUUCUUCAGUAUUCCCGGUUACGGCACGGAUGUGUACAUUCGAGUGCACCGAUUGGGGGAUCACCAGGAGGAAUUCGAGAUUUGAUUUGAUGCCCCCCCAGGGGACUUUUGUGUCGACUCAAAAGAUCCCCCAGGUUCGGGUGUACCGGCAUAUCAUAUACAAAACAGAAUUGGUGCCAACGCUUUUUGCACCAGCGGAGAAGGGACUAGUCUGGAGCAUUCCCUAGAAGGUGGCACAGCAGCACGGUCCAUGCAUCCUUUUGAAGACA